CCGUCGGCGGUGCCGCCCCACCACCCGCCGCCAGCACAGCAGCAUCCGCUGGCGCACGGGCUGCUCGCCUCUCACCACGGCGCGCCCGACGAGAACAGCCCCGCCGCGGCGCGCAGGUCACAUCACCAUCAGCAACACCAAAAUCAACAGCAACAACGUGGGAACAUUCCAGGGAUCCCCAAUAAUGGUGUAGGUGUCUCCUCUGGGGCUGCCAACAAAGCCAAAGCCCGCCAGGGAAAGCUGGUGCGACUGAACAUCAAUGCGCGUGAACGACGGCGCAUGCAUGAUCUUAAUGAUGCCUUGGAUGAACUUCGUAGUGUCAUCCCCUAUGCACAUUCACCAUCAGUCCGGAAGCUGUCCAAGAUAGCCACUCUACUAUUGGCUAAAAACUAUAUACUAAUGCAGGCAAAUGCCCUUGAUGAGCUUCGACGGCUGGUGGCAUGGCUUCAGGCUCAGGCCGGGAGCCUGUAUGAGCUGCCUCCUGGAUUCCCUACAACACCCACUGACAACAAACUGCAGAGGCAAGCAGCAGCAGCUGCCGCUGCUGCAGCUGCCGUCUCUACCUCAUCAGGCUCACCUGCUCCUAGACCAGCAGUCAGUGGAUAGGACCCAAUAUAAGUGGAUCUGAGUGGACUCAUAGGUGGUGCACAGUACUUUCUUUUUGGAUUCAAGGCUCAUACAAUGGACAAUUUGAAUUUAGUGUAAUGUUGGCAAAUAGCAGUGAUAGCUGUAUGAUGAAGUACCAUUGUAAGUGGCCACAGGAAAUGGUGCUCUCAAUAGAAUUUUUAAAACUGUGGAAAUGGAAUACAUCUAGGAGGCAAUAAAAUAGUGGUAGGUAUAUUUUUUAUUAGGAAGUGUUCAGUUGAUACACUCAUAUUUUGCUGAAGCCUAUGUGGGACAUCACUUAAAUCUGAUAACUUUGUAGGAGUGAAGAAUGGGACAGCUAUUUUUGUGUUAUCACUCUGAUGAAUCCACAACUGUGCUCAGAAAAUUCUGAAAGCAGUAUUUUCAAUCUAUAAGCUGGUAGUGUAUUACUAUGAUAAUUUCUAAAAUUACUGUCAGGGCACUGGCUGUGACUUUGUCGCACAUGUUUUAGAUAAGAUGUAAAUAUUUAGUACCUAAUCAAUUGCAGUAUUCUAUACAAUGUAAUGCUCUGCUUAAGUCUUUGUAACUGCCUGGCACUGUCAUGAAUGUACCUGGUACAGCAAACAUUGCAAAAAUAUAGCCAGAAUAUAAAAAACAACCUGUUACCUCUUUUGUAGUUUUUAAUUAAUUUACUGCUAAUUUAAUGAACCAUAGCCUGCAUUUUCCUGUUUAUGCAAAAAAUGAUGG